ACACUGUCACUUGUUUCAAUACCGUCAACACAAAUACUCUCGGCUUUUCGUACCAAAUUCCAAGCCGUGGGCUAUCGCGCCGCUUUGCUGGAUUCGGAGCGUCAGACGAUUUGGGGCAUCCAAGAGCACCGGAAGUAGUCAGCAAUGGGUCCGCCAAAGCAACUGAAACGAGCCUUCCUGGGCUUCGACUUGAGCACGCAAAAGCUCAAAGCCGUCCUUCUGAACAGCAAACUUGAAGUUAUUGCCGCGGCGGAAGUGAAAUUCGACUCCGACCUACCGGAGUUUCGGACGACAGGCGGAGCCAACAACGGUCCCGACAAAAAUGAAUACUUUGUACAGCCCGUGAUGUGGGUGAAGGCCAUGGACAUUGUCCUGGACCGGCUGGUGAUGCAGCAGGCUGAUCUUAGUACAGUGGUGGCCAUCAGUGGAUCCGGACAGCAGCAUGGAUCGCUGUACUGGUCCAAGCACGGCAUCAAGACGCUGCAAAACCUCAAUUCCGAGAAGUUCCUUCACGCACAAAUCGACGACUCAGCCUUUGUGGUCAACCGCACUCCCAUUUGGAUGGACUCCACCACGACGAAGCAGUGCCUGGAGAUGGAGAUGGCCGUGGGGGGCAAGCUUAAAAUGGCACAACUGACCGGCUCCAAGUGCUACGAACGCUUCACGGGCCCCCAGAUUCGGAAGAUCUAUCAGAAGCGCUGCCACGCCUACGAGGAGGCCAAACGAAUCUCAUUGGUCAGCAGUUUCGUAUCGUCUCUUUUCCUUGGGUCCAUUUGUCCCAUCGACUUCAGUGACGGCUCCGGUAUGAAUCUGCUGGACAUUCGCAAAAAGAUUUGGUCCAAAGAAUGCCUAAAUGUCUGUGCACCUGAUCUGGACGAGCGCCUGGGUGUUCCGGUCAGUCCGAACACCGUGGUAGGCAACGUAUCCAAGUACUUUGUCAAGCGAUUUAGCUUUUCGCCCGAUUGCAAAGUGAUCGCCAGCACUGGCGACAAUCCCUCGGCGCUCGCUGGGAUGCUUGUGAACAGCCAAUGGCUGACCAUUUCCCUAGGUACAAGUGACACCCUAAUGAUGAGCUUAAAGGAGCCACUCAACUGGGAGGAGGGUCAUGUUCUAUGCCAUCCGACUGAAACGGAACAGUACAUGACUCUGCUGUGUUUUAAAAAUGCUUCUUUGGUGCGAGAAGGAAUAAACAAGACGGCUUCGGGCGGCAAUUGGGAAAAAUUCAACGAAUAUCUAGAGUCCACGCCCCGUGGAAACUUUGGAAACAUGGCCGUGCACUUUAACGAUAUGGAAAUUAUUCCCAGGGCGCAGGGUGUUCUGCGAUGGAGCAAGGAAAUCCAACCCAAGUCCCCUGAGGCUGCCAAGGGUGUUAUCAAAUUCAGCUCGCCUCAAAUAGAAAUUCGCGCCCUAAUUGAAGGGCAGAUGCUGCAUCACCGGUCUGUAGCCGAAGACCUGGGCUACCAUUUUGGACAAGAAACUAAUAUUCUGGUCACGGGAGGGGCAUCUGUCAACAAAUCUAUCCUGCAGACAAUUGCAGAUGUGUUCAAUUCACCUGUCUAUACUCAGGACGAAGGUCAUGAGGCCGCCCUAAUGGGGGCCGCUUACAGAGCCGCCUAUGCUUUGUACCUUCACGAGUUGGAUAAAACGGCCACGCCUCUUUGUUACCGAGAUUACAUCCUAAGUCUGACUACCAAUAAGCUGAACCUUGUCUGCGAACCAAACAAGGACAGCGAGAAAAUCUACGCUCCGAUGCUACUUCGAUAUCGCGAAAUGGCGCGUAUACUGGCCGAACCUUAUAAAUAGACUUACCGUAAGCCCAACGCAACAUUCCGUUUUUUUACUCCAUGCAUUCCCUGGAUUACUCUCCUUUUUAUACGUCACCUGAAAUUGAUAGAACUAAAGUGCAAUUAACAAAUUCUGUGAUUGACAAUUUAUUACAAAUUUAUGCGAAACCAUAUACAAAUAAAUUUCUAUAUAUGGAGCAAUCUUAA